AUGUCAAACCCAACACCAACCCCCCAAUCCUCAACCUCCGACCUCAAACCCCUCAUCCCCUCCCCAAAAUCCCCACCAAAAAAACAAUCACUCGGUGAAAAAGUUCUCUCCGCCAUGUUCGACGGUCCUCCAGGCACCAAAUCCUCGAAGCUAGCGCAUGAAUUGAAGGAUAAAUGGGAUGAAGACAAGCUUGAUAUUUCUAGAACGGAAAAAGAGGAGAAAGAACGGCAGGCGAGGAUUGCGAAGAGGAAUGAGAUGGUUAGGGGUGGUGAUGGGGCGAGGACCAAUGAUUUGCAGAAGGGAGGGUGGGGAGGUGCUAUGUUGGCGGAUGGGAAUAUUUAG